AUGAUACAGGGUCAUGAAGAGUUACUUAAUUAUCUCACAGAAGCUGAAAAAGUGUUCUUGUUUGGAGCAAGUGAUCAACAUCCCCAAUUCGAGAUUGCACACAUAAGACACCAGAAACGUCGCAAACGGUCUUUGUCCUAUGAGAAUCAAGAUCUAAUUACGAUAAAACAACACUUAGACCUGAAACUUAGCCCAAAAAGCAGCUUUCUCGAUCCGCAGUUCCUGCUAAUGAAAAGAUGGUCCAAUGGUACUGAAGUUAUAUUAGACCAGCAUACAGAUGAGGAGUUAGAUGCUUGCUAUUAUAAAAGUGAAAGUGCAGCGUUGUUUGUUUGUGAUGGAGUGCGAGGACUGAUUAAAUCUAACGACAGUUAUUAUUCUGUACACCCACUGCCAGAAAGAUUUCACCACGGAAAUACAAAAGCACACGUUAUUAUUAAACGCCAAAUGGAUGAUACAAAUGCAAAUACUGAAGACAAUUGCAUAGAGAGACGUUAUAUCAAAGAACAAUUUGAAGAUUCCCCUGAAAUAACUAAAACUUGGUCGAAACAUCGACGAAAACGGAACAUUGAGACCAACCAUAAUAAUCUAGAUAAGUUUAAGUUAGAUUUAAUACAUAGAAAUAAGACUAUAGGAGCGUUUAUUGAUAAACUUAAAACAGAAGAAAGGAGGCAGAAAAGAGCUGUUUUACCAGCGAUUUUUGUGGAAACAGCAGUUUUUGUAGACAGAGAUUUGUACAAACAUAUGACUGUUAAUUUUCCAAAGGAAACGGAGAGAGAGUUAGUUAGAUUUGUAUUAGCUAUGAUAAACGCAGUACAAUUAAUUUACCAUGAUCCCAGUUUAGGAAGACCAGUGAAUUUUAUCCUAAAGAGACUCGAAAUUCUUCAUGAAGAUCCUUCUAAUUUGAAACGACCACAUGAUAUUGAUAGGUUUCUAAGUAACUUCUGUACGUGGCAAAGACUUGAGAACCCACCAGGAGAUAAUGACCCAUUGCAUUGGGAUCACGCCCUGAUUUUAACUGGAUUAGACUUGUAUGUCGUCAAUAAGAAUGGGAAAGUAAGCAGUCAAGUUGUUGGUUUAGCUCCCGUUGCUGGUAUGUGCACAGUGACCAGUAGUUGUACUGUCAACGAAGGAAGGCAUUUUGAAAGCGUCUAUGUGGUCGCCCACGAAAUCGGACAUAAUUUAGGAAUGCGACAUGAUGGCCCCUUAGCUGAUAACGGUUGCGAUCCAAGCGCUUACAUAAUGAGCCCAACAUUAGGAAGCGGAAAAAUAACUUGGUCACAGUGCAGUAAAAACUAUUUGGAUAAAUUUUUGGACUCAUCCCAAUCGCGAUGUCUACUCGACCAUGGCAACUCGGCUGGACAAUUGGACCACAGUGCUGAAGGUCUACUUCCAGGGGAACGAUUUGACGCUGACCAACAAUGUAUGCUGAAAUACGGUCGAGGCAGUCGUCAUUCCGGAUCUCAGAACUUGGAAGACAUUUGUAGAGACCUGCAUUGUCAAAGGGAGCGAUACACCUGGACGUCACAUCCAGCACUUGAGGGAACACGGUGCGGGGAAGACAUGUAUUGUCGUGGCGGAGAAUGUGUAGAUCGCUGGAGCGGUGUCUCCCAUAGCGAAGGGCGUUGGGGUCGGUGGUCGCGUUGGUCUGAUUGUGCGUCUGCGUGUUUGUUGGAUGAUGCGCACGCGCCGGCUGCUAGCGGCGUUGCGUUUGCCACUCGACGCUGUAAUAGAGGCAGAUAUGAAAACGGCAAAAGCUAUUGCCAUGGACACGACAAAAAGUAUCAAUCAUGUGACGCGCACCAGUGCAACAAUGUUCCCAGAAUGACAGUUCGAGAGUUCACCGACCAAAUAUGCUCACGCGCACGCGAAGUAGACCCCGACUUGAUAGGAACUGGUCUUCAGAGAUUGGAUGAUGACGAUGUAAGCAGCGCGUGCGCAGUAUGGUGCGACACCCGAGGUGGCGGUUACAAGUCUCGCGGGUGGACUCUACCAGAUGGCACUGCUUGUUCCACGCUCUCGCCCAUGUUCUGCAUAUCUGGAGUUUGUAGGAAAUUCACAUGCGGGACCGGUUCCGAUACGGAGUUUUCACAGCGUGCAUCAGAUUGCGAAUGGGAGGCUUUACAGCUGCAAACCGCUACGCCUCAUACCACUUCAACCAAAACGUCAGGCACGUGGCGACGUGCGGUAGGUUCGCAAUGGAGGGCAACCAGCGGUUGUCACUAUAGAUGCAUCGCGGGAGGAACCGGGUUGCGUCUAGUACAGUCCGCUACUACACAUAGGGACAAUAUUCAGAUUUGCCAACCGGAUGUCGGGCGACCGCUGUCGGGAUGCAGCCAACGAAUGAGCCCAUAUCAAUAUGCAACAAUAGUAUGCAGCAAAUACAAGGAGAGAGUGAGACGACUAUCUGGUUUGGGGAUGCAAAUAUCUCCUGCAUUAGAGGAUCCAGACCGUCCAUGUCGAAUCGCAUGUCAAGACGAAAGGGUUAGCCACAGGUUCUAUCUCGUGAACGGACAAGAAGGCUGGUUCCCUCUCGGCACCAGCUGCGGGAAGAACAAUGCCUCCUUCUGCGUCAGUGGAAAAUGCUUGGAGUUCGGACCAGACAACACUCCUUUAUCAGAGUCAGUAUUCACUCUUCCACUGCUAAGUAGAAAUGCAACGCGACGCUCUUCGCGACACAAGCGCAGCGUCAUCAGAGAUCGCAUCACAGUCAAAGCCACACUCGAUAGAAAACAAAUCGAAGAUAUAAUUGCCAGACUCAACUUUACAAAUAAAGUCAACGAACAUCUCUCAUACAUGGACACGAUCCCAGAAAAUAUUCAGCUCGACUUCAACAAUCCCAUACAUAUCGCACCGGAACAGACUUUGAUCAAUAAAGUUGCGCGACCAACUUGGGAUUGA